UAUGCCACUCGACGGAAUAAAGCUUUCUCCCUGUUCUUUUCUUCUCACCGCAAGAAGCAAGAAAAGCAAGCGAUGGAAAUGACAGUCACUCUCUCCGGUCAUUGCUCGAUGAGCAACUGCUCUCUUCAACUCCAUGGAAAUCGAUCAAUCUUGAUUUCGAAUCUCUCUAAACUGCAAUCUUCUUCCCCGCCGGCCCCAGACCUCCGGCGAAGGGUGUUCCUCUUCUCGGGGACAAGCUUCGGUGCGCUGAAUUCCUUUGGACGCACCGCCGCUGCUGAUCUACUAGGUUUUCCGUCUCGCCGAGUUAGACUCUCGUGUAACGACGCUCGCCGGAUGCCGGAAACCCAGCCGGUGGCGGAGGCAGCGGCGGCGCAACCUAGCUUUUCGGAAUUCAUAACGUCGGAGAGGGUGAAGGUUGUGGCUAUGCUUGCUCUUGCCCUGGCUCUCUGCAACGCGGACCGCGUGGUGAUGUCCGUUGCAAUUGUUCCGCUGUCGAUGGCUCACGGAUGGAGCAAGUCUUUUUCCGGUAUCGUUCAGUCAUCGUUCCUCUGGGGAUACCUAGUUUCACCAAUAGUCGGUGGAACUUUGGUGGACCGCUAUGGCGGCAAAGUAGUGAUGGGUUGGGGUGUGGCUUUGUGGUCUUUAGCGACCUUCCUUACGCCCUGGGCUGCUGAUACUUCUUUAUGGGCUCUUCUUGCCGCGAGAACUAUGCUCGGUGUCGCUGAAGGAGUGGCUCUUCCUUGCAUGAACAACAUGGUCGCUAGAUGGUUUCCUCCAACAGAACGUGCUAGAGCCGUUGGCAUUGCUAUGGCUGGGUUUCAGCUUGGGAAUGUUGUAGGACUCAUGCUGUCCCCUAUUCUCAUGUCGCAAGGCGGCAUCUUUGGCCCCUUCGUAAUUUUUGGAUUAUCGGGAUUCCUGUGGGUGCUUGUGUGGCUGUCUGCUACAUCAAGUACACCAGAUCAGCAUCCUCAGAUUACAAAGUUUGAAUUGGAGUACAUAAAGCAUAACCAGCAAGCAAGUGCUGUGGAGAACAAACCCAAAAAAACAAGAGUAAUCCCUCCUUUCAGACGCCUACUUUCGAAGAUGCCCACAUGGUCUGUUAUCGUUGCAAAUGCCAUGCACAGCUGGGGCUUUUUUGUGAUCCUUUCUUGGAUGCCGAUCUACUUCAAUUCAGUGUAUCAUGUGAACCUCAGACAAGCUGCCUGGUUUAGUGCUGUUCCAUGGAGUAUGAUGGCCUUCACUGGAUACAUUGCUGGUUUUUGGUCAGACCUUUUGAUUCGGCGUGGUACAAGUGUCACUUUAACUCGGAAGAUCAUGCAGUCCAUUGGUUUUUUCGGUCCUGGGAUUGCCCUCGUCGGUCUGACCACUGCAAGGCGUCCUUUAGUUGCAUCUGCUUGGCUUAGUUUAGCCGUUGGGCUUAAAUCCUUCAGCCACUUGGGGUUUCUUAUUAACCUUCAGGAAAUUGCUCCAGAAUAUGCUGGUGUUCUACAUGGAAUGUGUCUCACAGGUGGGACAUUGGCUGCUAUAGUUGGGACAGUUGGAGCUGGUUUCUUCGUUGAAGUAAUGGGCUCCUUCCAAGGAUUUAUCAUACUUACUUCAAUCCUAUAUUUCUUUUCUGCUCUCUUCUACAACAUAUAUUCAACUGGAGAAAGAGUCAAUUUUGAUGCGACAGUUUGAUGGACCGCAGCAAACUCGAUCGAUGGAACAUGUAGACAGCUAUAAAUAGAAUCAGUCUCUUUCCGAAUGUACGAGGAAGUGCUACCUGAAGGCUGACUUUUCAUUUGUACUUUAAAACCUCGAAUUCAACUAGUACGGAGGUAUGGCUUCCGCUGCUCCUAUAACCUCGAAUUCAACUGAUUUCUUUAUAUUCUAUGAUUUUUAGGGUUUUGUGGGAAGCCUUGGUUAAAAGGUUUCUUGUUACUUUUCCUUUAUUACUUGGACAAGAAAGAGAAUUUAUGAUCAAUGGUCUUUUUUCAUGGCUGUUUGAA